AUGGUGUACACCUUCAUUCCCCAAGUUUCUCCUCCCCCGACUCAAGUGCCUCAGUUUCAAGUGUACACCGAUGAACAAGUGGCUGCUUCUCCUGAUGGUCGCGCUGACCAUUUUUGUGGGCGGCGAUGCUCUCUCCGCAACUCACCCCGACUCCAAGUUGUUGAGUCUCUCAAACGCGGACCAGUUGAAAGCAAGCGAUCGCUUCGUGGUACCGAUGACGAGGAGAGAGGCGCGACGGAGCUGGCGAAGAAGCUCAAAGCUUGGGCGUCCAAGACGAAUCUCGGGCGAGAGGUUCGCGAAUGGGCUCGGAAGCGGAGCGAGGCGAAGGCGGUCAACCACCUGAGACUGGCCAAGGUGCUGGCCGACAACGACGCCGACUUCAAAAUCCUCUACCGGAACAAACUCAUGCCUCAAGAGUUUUACGAGGCCAACGGCUUCAACCGAGGAGAUUGA